GGCUCCCUCCGCCCCACACAUUGCUGCCACCGGCUCAGCCCAGCCGCAUCCCAGAGCAGAGGCGGCAGGAAGCUCCAGCCCCGUCGCAGCUCCGAGCCGUGCCGCAGAGAGGCCGGCGGCAGGCGCCACGGCGAGGGACCUGGCCCGGCGCCGCCCGCAUCUCUUGCGCGCAGCUGGGGUCAUGAUAUACUGGAAACCACACAAGAUUAGUCUGGGGAGGCAGAAACCAUAAAGCCCCUGAGACCAGGUUCAAAGAAGAAAGAUAAAGGAAAGACCCCCUUUUGGUUUCACCCUUCACCUGUCUUAGAAACAACAGCACAUUUUAACCACAGAUUUCACCUGGGCCACGGGCCACCAUGGAUGUGCACCCUGAUGCCCCUGGGGGUCAAAAGAAAACAAACGAGACCAGCAUGGGAGGCGGCAGCCCAGGAGCCCAGCAAGAUUCUGUGAUGAGGACAGAUUCAUCAGAGAUGACUGAUGUGGAAUCUGUGAUCACUAGCUUCGCUUCUUCAGCAAGGGCAGGCCGCCGCAAUGCCUUACCGGACAUCCAAAGUUCACUGGCUACAGGUGGAUCCUCUGAUCUUCCACUGAAGCUGGAGGCGUUGGCCAUGAAGGAAGAUGCAAACAUGAAGAAUGAAGAGAAAGACCAAGGCCAACAGAAAAAGCCCCUGAAUGAAGAAAAAUGAAGGCUUUGAAUUUAUCAAGGGUGUUGAUUUUAUGUGUAUUGAGAGAUAUAGCAGCUAUGCAUUCCUGGGGUGUUUGAUAUGGUGAUAACCAUGGUAAGCCAUGGUAAUGUGCGUGUGUGUGUGUGUGUGUGUGUGUGUGUGUGUGUGUGUGUGUGUGUGUGUUUUAGGUAAUUUUGUUGUAAUGCUCUGUCCUUAAACUGCAGUCAUGAUAUGGAAAUAGGUUAUUAAAAUAUCUUACCUUCAAAUUGCACCCAAGGAAGGACACGCUGUUUAUACCCCAACAAAAUCCACUGUCUAUCUUGGGAUUUACUUCGUCAGGUAUAUGUUUAAUUCUGUCUUAGCAAAUUAGAACGUUUUUCUUGGUAUGUAUAGACCAAAACCUAUUAAUUUAAUACUUUGUAGAAUUUGUAGGAAAUUAUAUUUUUUUGGUGAGAUAGAAUUAGUAGUAAAAAAUCACACCUAUAAAAUAUGUUUAUUUUUAAUUAAAAUUGCACCAUAUUUCCCACAAAAUAUUAGGUGAGAUCUGAAAACAUUUAAAAGUUGUAACAACUUAAACAUCUCUAGGAUGGUUUUGUCUACUGUAUUUUGCAUCUAGUCUGAAUGUACUGUGAUUUUUCAUAUGGACCCACAUAAUCUAAAUUUUGUGACAAACUUGCUUAUAUAAAACAUGUAUAUUGAAUAAAUCUCACUAUAUUCCUUAACUUGGUGUAUGUGUGCACCUUGUUUAAUGUGGAUUGUACAAGAUAUUGUGCUCUUUUUCUUAGACAGUUUUUUAGUCUCUGGGUUUUUGUGUAUGUAUGCAAAUUGCUGCUAGAGUAGUUUCAUCAGAAUGCUGAUCUUAUUUUUUAUAUUUUUCCUAAAGUAUAAUAUAAGUUAAAAGAGGAAAAUACAUGCUUUUAGUAUAUGUUUAAAUAUGGGCUUUUUUCUUUUUCUUUUUUUAUUGAAAAUAGAUCCUCAUCUCAUACAUUACAUCCCAACCACAAUUUUCUCUUCAUUCCUCCUAGUUCUUCCCCACAGAUCCACUCUCAUUUUCCCUUCAGAAAAGAGCAGGCCUCCAAGAGGCAACAGGAAACACACAAAAAAGAAGAUACAAGGCAAAAGCCCUCAGAUCCAAUCUGCACAGGGCAACCCAGUAGGAUGAAAAGAGUCCCAAGGGUAGGUAGGCAAAAUGAUCAGAACUCCCAUUGUUAGGCGUUCCACAAAUAAUGUGAAGUUAACAAUCAUAAUAUAUAUGCAGAAGCCCUGCUGCAGACCCAUGCAGGCCCCAUGCUUGCUCCUUCAGUGAGCCCAUGUGAGCCCUGCUUAGCUGAUUCUGUAGGCCAUGUUCUCCUGGGGUCUUCCAUCCCCUCUAUCUCCUACAAUCUUUCUUCUCAUUCUUCCACAGAAUAGUUUUCUUUUCAAAAGGAGAACAGAAACACUAACUGAAUAAAAUUCCACAAUAGAAAUUCAUAACUGAUACAAAUUUCCUUCUUCAUUUUGUCUUCUGAAGUAGGCUGGGUAUAAAGUGAGGAUACAAUUGAAAGAAUGAAAGUCUUGUACCUUCCCAUCCCCUGCUGCUCGUGUCUAUGUGCAUAAAGCUUAUCUUUGUGACUAUGUAUACCAGAGGCAGAUUUCCAAGAGCUUCAUUCCUUUCAGCUCUCAGAUAUAUUUUUUGAUAAAAUAAUCAACACUAGUAUGGAGGUGUGCAUUAAAUUAAUAUUUGAUAAAAUACAUUAGUCAUUAAAGUCUUUUAUUUUUAUUUUUAUGAACAUUGUCUAAUGGGGCGAUGCUGAAUGUUCGCCAUGACAGAGAGAACAGUUGUUUCCAAGCGGGCUGGGAUUACAAUUCAGCCUCCUGGAGGACUUUGACACAGUCUGGAGACCCCUGGGGAAAGGAAGUAGGGGCAGAAGUUGCUGCUGGAAUGGAGAGGGCAGAGCUGGGCUGCUGCUAUCAACAGGUAGUAGCCCCAACGAAGGCCUCCAUCGCAGGGUUGUAUAGCCUUUGCUGUCAGUAUUAUUGAAGUGGAGAGACUGGAGAAAGAACGCCCUGGGUUUGACUUUUGUUCCUAUGUACUAGCAAUGUGAUCUUGAGUGAAGAAGAUCCUAUCUAUUAAGUGUCCACCUUAUCCUCCGUGGAACGGAACUGAUAGCAAUCUUCAUUUUAUAGUGAGUGUGAUGGUUUAUUUUGAUCAGCAACUUGACACACCUUGGAUCACCUGGGGGAGGAGGAGUCUCUAUGAGGAAUUUUCUAGAUUGGCUUACCUCUGAGAGAUCGUCUUGAUUACAUUAAUCGAUAUGUAUGUUGUGGGUGGUACUAUUCUUUAUGUUUGGGCUCCUACAUUUCAUAAGAGUGGAAAACAUAGGAAGAGUAUCUGUAAGGCAUACCUGUACUGAUUUCCUCUCUGCUCUCUGGACUGUGGAUGGGAUGGGUAAGCUGCCUUGAGCUCCUGGUACUGUGCCUUCUUCCUCUCAGAGAUGGACUGUAACCUGGACUUGUUACAUACAAUAAACCCUGU